UUUACCGUUACAGUACCGUUACUUCAAGUUAAUCACUAAUCCAGCUUGCAAUUGGUCGUAGUUGUAAUGAGUUUGUGACUGUCGCAGUUUUAUGGUGAUGGUUGUUGGUAAUGGUAGUGGUUGUUGGUGUGCUGAUUGUUGGUGGUAGUCUCAGUUUGUUGUUGUCGCAGUUGACCGUUGGUCGUGAUUGGUGACGAUCAGAGGAAUAUAAAUACGUGGUUCAUACUUGAUAAUAUUUUUUCAACGAUCUAAUUAAUUUAAGAGGAUUUUUGAAAUCUUUCAAAUAACGCAUCAAACUACAACAAAAAAAAGGUAUGUGAUCGAAGGUCGAGCAGUUACUUUCGGAACGCGACUUAAAUGUCGACGAUCGUACUGCGCAUAGUACCGCAAGAGAGCGUAGCAACCAGUGAAAAAAAUGGUGGUUAUUUGGGUGUAGUCGGGAGAUUUUCUGCAACACAAAUGUGAGUACCGGCAGAUUAAGGGAUUACGAGUGCUGUUUGUCAGUGCACCACAAAGCUAAUAUGAUCAGGUUUAUAUCGGAGAAUAUUUAUGGAAGAAACACAAUGUGGAGUUGCAGUAUGUACCCAAAAUUAGGACAGGAUAAUUUUCUAUCUUCAAAUGACCUUUAAUCUAUUUAUUUUUCACUAUUAGAAAACUGUUUCAAGAAGUCCUAUGUGCAAAAUAGAACUGAAAAAAUCACGUUCGUUGUGUGCAGUAUUUUUUUUUAAAAUGUCAAUAAUUUUGAUUUUGCAUUAUUGCACACAAAGCCAACAAAUCUAUUGGAUUAAAAGCCAUUCCUGCAAUAAGAUUGUGAAAUGUUAAAAACCAGUUUAAAGAAAGAAUUAAUAUUACAGAUUAUUUUUGUUACUUAGUUCUAAAUGGGUCAUAUCAAGCUUUUUGUUUUAAAAUGGUAUAUACAAAGGACAGCAAAUAAUUUAAAAGACUAUACCUUGGAGUCUUGAAGGUGUUUUAUAUGAUUUCAUCAAGUGAUCUGGCAUGACACAUUUAUUAACACUUAAGAAUUAUGGAAAUUAUGUAUAAAGUUAAGAUUAUUGGAAAAGAAACGUUAUAAAAAUUUCUUCGAUUCUUCGCAUCUUUGAAGACAGGCUUAUUUGAAAUCAUUACAUCAUAAUUAUUUAAAAAAAAAAAAUCGAAGAAAAACAAUAUUAAUUACUUAUCUAUUGAGCAAAAGUAAAAAUAAUAACAUUCAAAAUUGAUCAACAUUUUAACCAGCAAACUCUUAUAAGUUGGUUAUGUGCAAUGCCGAGAUGUUGCAAUGAAAACAAGGCAGUGAGUUCGGUGCGUAGUAGUCAGAAACACAGCAGUGAAGAUAUUGUGCUGACACAAACUCAAGCUUUUGCGAUUGGAAAUCAAUUAGAUUUGGAGGAAGAGUCACCAGUGGUUGAAAAAUCACAUAGAAGAGUUCGUUGUGAUUUGAGUCCUGUACCAACAAACACGAAUUCUAAUUUAAAUAUCAAACUUUUAAAUAUUAAGACUGAUAGAAGUACUCGUCAAGAACAUCAGGUGAGCACUGGAUCUGGUGGGUACAGAGAACGAGAAAGGGAGGCUAAAAAGAGAGCAGCUAUAGGCAAUACAGUGCGUGGUCUUCUCUCAUCUGGCCACAGCAGGCAGGACAGGUAUGAGACAAACAGGCAACGUUCAUCAGGUGGUACCAGUGGUGGCCUGUCUAGUUUAUGUCCUAAGCUGGUGGCCAGUGGGGGUGGUAGCAGCCAGGGUGGCAUUGGUUUGUCAGUGGGCCACUUAGCCUCUCAAGAAGGAGGAAGUCCUUGUACAGUUGUUACAACACAAAGAACUCACAAUCAUUCGCAUAAUCAUAGACGCCAAAGAAAGCUAUCCAUUGUUUCUCAAACUGCUUCUAGCUCCGGUAGCUCUUCUGAGAGAAAGACUCUAUCAGGCAUAAGUCGCUCUUCUGCUACAAUCUGCAAAAAGCAAAUUCGAAUGCAGCGAGCUGAUCAAAAUGCAGAUUCAUUGUCUAUAACUAGCAACGGUGUUGCAACUAGUUCACCUUCUUCUAAGAAGAAGGUUUUAUCUGCUCGUAUUUCAGAAAAGUCGUCUCCUCGGAGUCAAGAUUCAUCCUCCUUAGAUCAUGAAAAUGAUCGCAGCUUUAGUGAUGCAGAGGAGGCUAUUACUGCAACAGAAAAUGUGUUCAAAAUAUCGGGAUGUAGUUCUACACCUUCCACACCAAUGAGUAAAGUAAAAUCGAAAAGAACAAAUAAAGAUGAAGUGAAUAUAGAACCGAAUGUACAUUUAGAGUGCACAGAAUUAUUAAAACAUAAUAUCUCGAAAAUGUUUUCUGGUAUUAACGAGAAGGACACAUCUGCAACAGAAAUUCCAGAAUGUACCACAACAGAUACAAUAGAGCCAAAAAUGAAAAAAGAUAAUGUUAGCGAAGAUUUUGUUGGACACAGCAAUAAAAAAAUAUCCUCGUCUUCUGGUGCAAGUAAAAGAAAUAAUGAUGGGGACAAAUCUUUAAGAUCUAAAAGUAAAUCUAUUCCACAAGAUGUUAAUAAAUUACAUAAUUCUAAAACAAUAGAAGAAAUUGAUAUAAAAAGUAAUGUAGAUCCUACAACAACGUCCACAGAAACGUCCAUGAAUACUUUGAAUGCAAAUCCAAGAGGAAAAUCAUCUAAUAAUUGCUCUGAAUCUGCUACUGUAAAUAGUUUAGAAAUGGAAUCAAUGCCUAAAGACUGUAAUAAAGAAAAAUCAAAUGAGGAGAUAGUAAAAAAUUCCAGAUUUGUUACAUCCAAAGUUUCUGAAGAAGUGAUAGAAUCAGAAGGUAAAGAAACAGAGACACAAAGAGUUGAAGAUGAAUGUGUAACAAUUUAUGAUGAAGAUGAUAAUGGCACUAGCAUUAGUGAUAUAGUAGCAGCUCAAGCACUUCACGAGUCUUUGAGUAAAUUAGGAAAAGUUCCACCAAUGGAUACAGAUAUAGAAGUUAUGAAGGAUACAAACUUACAAGAAGAAACAGAUGUAGAGAAAAAUUCUCAGAAAGAAGGAAUUACACAAGAAGAGACUGUCGAAGGUUUUAUUGGCCCUUUGCUCGAUGAAAAUUUUAAAGCAGAUGAAAAAUUAAGUCAAAAAGCAAUGGCUAUGGAAGAAGUACGUAAUUUAUUAAUGAAAGCAAAAAUACAAACAGUUGAAGACGAUGAUGAUGAAGAAAAAGCAAUAGGUAUUUCACCUGAUGGAAGGUUCCUAAAAUUUGAAGAAGAAAUUGGACGUGGUAGUUUCAAAACUGUUUAUCGUGGUUUAGAUACUCAAACAGGAGUAGCUGUUGCUUGGUGUGAACUUCAGGAGAAAAAAUUAAAUAAAACAGAAAGACUGAGAUUUCGAGAAGAAGCAGAAAUGUUAAAGGGACUCCAACAUCCUAAUAUUGUUAGAUUUUAUGAUUAUUGGGAAGUCACGCUUACACGUAGAAAAUAUAUUGUACUAGUCACAGAACUUAUGACAUCAGGAACACUAAAAACGUAUUUGAGAAGAUUCAAGAAAAUUAAUCCAAAAGUUGUAAAAUCUUGGUGCCGUCAAAUCCUCAAAGGCCUUAGUUUUCUGCAUUCUAGAUCUCCUCCAAUUAUUCACCGUGAUUUAAAAUGUGAUAAUAUAUUCAUCACUGGUACUACAGGUAGUGUGAAAAUUGGUGAUUUAGGAUUGGCUACAUUAAAAAAUCGGAGUUUUGCAAAGAGUGUCAUUGGUACACCAGAAUUUAUGGCACCAGAAAUGUACGAAGAACAUUAUGAUGAAUCGGUUGAUGUCUAUGCAUUUGGAAUGUGUAUGCUUGAAAUGGCUACAAGUGAAUAUCCAUAUUCUGAAUGUACAGGUCCAGCGCAGAUAUACAAACGUGUUGUUUCGGGUGUUAAACCACAGAGUUAUGAUAAGGUAGAAAAUCCAGAAGUACGUGAAAUUAUCGAAAUGUGCAUUCGUUUGAAAAAAGAAGAACGACCUCUGGUUAAAGAUCUUUUAAAUCAUGAAUUUUUCGCGGAUGAUAUUGGAUUAAAAUUGGAAAUGGUGUCACGUGAUUCAGCUGUAGCAGAUGCUGAAUUAUCGCGUGUAGAAUUCAGAUUAAGAGUUUUGGAUCCAAAAAAGCGGACAAAUAAACAUAAAGAAAAUGAAGCAAUUCAAUUUGAUUUCGACAUUCAAACUGAUAACGCGGAAGAAGUUGCCUCAGAAAUGGCUAAAUCGAGUCUUAUAUUAGAAGAAGAUGCCAAAGCAGUAGCUAAAAUGUUGAAAUCACAGAUAGCUGCUUUAUUACGAGAAAGGGAGGAGCGACGUGCUAAAGAAGAAAAAGAACGUUUAGAUAGAGAAGCUGAUACAACUACUACAUCUGCUGAAAAUAUUUUACAACAACAGUUAAUAUUACAGCAAAUGCAAUUACAACAACAACAGAUUCAAUCUGGUAUGGGCAUACCAAUACAAGGUCAGGUACAAAUGCAAUUGCAACCAAAUCAAAUACCAUUACAACAGCCACAAUUGCAAUCAACCUCUCAAGCAGGUCAACAGCAUAGUUUACAACCUCAACAAGUACAGUUGGUUCAACAGCCUCUUCAACAACCACUUAUGCAGCAACAGACAUCAGUAGUUCAGCCUCAACAGGCUCAACAAAUACAACAAGCAACACAAGCUGCACAACAAGUUCAAUAUCAACAACAACCACAAUAUCAGCAAUUACCACAGCCAUAUCAACAACAACAGUUUUCACAACACGUUCCACAAAAUUUGAGUGCGAAUUCGCCACAAUGCUCCACUCCUCAAAAUGUUCAGGCCCAACCUCAGUUUCCUCCAGUAACACAACAAAUACAACAACAGCAAAUACAGCAACAACAACAAAUACAGCAGCAGCAGCAAAUACAACAGCAGCAGCAAAUACAGCAGCAGCAGCAUCAAAUACAACAACAGCAGCAGCAUCAAAUACAGCAGCAGCAGCAGCAAAUACAACAGCAGCAACAGCAGAUACAACAGCAGCAGCAACAAAUGCAACAACAACACAUGCAUCAACCUCAACAAUAUAUUCAGUUAAAUCAAAUGAGUGUACCACAGCAAUUAACACAUCAGAUUCAACAACAAUUACAAUCUCAAGUACAGAUGUUGCCACAACAACAGCAUAUGCAUCAACAAGUGCCACAGCCUCAGCAGCAAGUACAAUAUUCACAAUCUCAAAUGCAACAUAUUCAACAAGUACAUCAACAUCCAGUUGGUUCUCCACCAAUUCAAAGUCAGCAAUAUUAUCAACAAAAUACAACUAGUAGUGCAGGAUAUACCAGUUCUGGUUUAUAUCAACAAAAUAUGCCACAACAAAUAUUUCACACAUAUACUACUUCUACUAAUCCACCUGGCCAUGUAGAAAUUUUAGCAUCUACUCAGACUGCGCAACAGAUUUAUUCACAUACAAAUAUUUCUGGAAGCACUGCUCCUGCAACUUCUCAAUCAUAUAUACAGCAACCAACUGGACAAGUUCAGACACAAAUACCAUCAGGAAUGAAUAUUCAAAGUUCAGUACCAGUAACUCACGUACAAAAUGCUGCAACUUCUACAAUGCCUAGUAUUCAAAGUGCCCCUUCAAUGCUCUCUAAUACUGGUCAUCAAGCGCAAUCUCAACAAAAUAUAGUAGUGCAGUUACAAUAUUCGCAAAGUGGUACUGUUAUGCCCACUUCUAUGCCCAUUUCUAUGCCUACUUCUAUACCUACUUCUAUGCCUUUGACAUCAGGAAUAAGUGGUCCUAUACAGACAUCUGCUAGUGACAGAUCAUCUUUAACUAAACAAGAUACUAUGGAAUCGGUACAAUCUUUGCCAUUGGAUAUACAAUCUACUAUACAUCAAGAACAGUUAAAUAAUCAACAAAUACCAAUUGCUAAUACAAAUACUGUACCACAACAACCAGCAGUUUCAAGUGAUGGAGUUAUUUCUGAAAGUUCAGAAAAUGUUACAACUUCCGAAAGAAGUAGAGUUAAACGAUCUGGUACUAAACGCAAGAAACCGGGUAUCAAAUUAACAGUCUUGUCAGUGAGUAGCGGAGAAGGACAAUCUAUGACUGUUGAGUGUCAGCUAGAUACUAGUAAACAAAAAACUGUUACAUUUAAAUUUGACCGAGAUGACAUGGUACCUACUGAUAUUGCUAACAAUUUGGCAGCUGAAAAUUUGCUACCACAAUCUCAGUGUGAAACGUUUAUAGAAUUAAUUGAAGAUAUCGUGAAACAAUUACGUUUAGAUCCGACGCGUGCUUUACCUUUAGUAGCCCAUGGUCCACCAGAUCAAUCUGCCGGUGGUAGUCCAGUUACAAGUCGUCGCCCAAGAGAUCGAGACCACAGUCUUGAUACAGCUAAGCAGGUGAGACAUGGCUCGCUAACUCGUCAAAGCAGUCACCGAUCGUCGUACAAAGUCCAUCGUAGGCACCGUUCGAGAGACGAAACUUCAAACACUUCUACUCCUACAAAAUUGUUGCCAAUCGAUCAAAUAAUUUCACAUAUUGCAAGUUCUUCUUUGGAUAAGCAACAGAAUGUUCCAACAACUGAUAGCCAAGGGGUUACUGAAUGCACAUCAGCAGAAGCAUCUAGACGAUCAUCUACAUCUACUCAAAAUACUGAUACAUUGACACCAACUAAUAUUCCAAGUGAUCUUACUGAUCCUCAAGAAAGUGGAAUUUCUGUAACAUCUGCAGAUACAGUUUUGGAAGCGACUCAUAUCGUUCAAGAAGAUAUUAAUACUUUUUCAAUCGCUCAAUUGCCAGCAGCAUCCACUCAAAAUCAAGUAGAAGAUUUGAAUGCUUCUACAUCUCAAACAAAUGAUUUAACGAAGGAUGAUACAUCAAAAGAAAUUAUAGAUAUUCAAGAAAAAGAUCUGAGUAAGGAUAUAGCAACAUCCGAUGCAAUUUCUAUAGAAACGUCUACAAUAACUGCUGCACCAAUACGCAAGAUAUCUCGCUUCUUAGUUAGUCCUGUGGUUGAACAAAAACAACUUGCAAGUGAAACAGAAGCUUCUGGUAUAACAGAAAAUAUAAAUAAUACUAUGAAGGUAGAUACUACAAAAUCUGAAGAAACAGAAAUAACUACUUCAGAUACACAACCUAUGACAGUAGAACAACCAUCUAACGUUGAUAUAAAUUUACCUAAUCUACAACAGCCUGUAGAUCAAAUGGAUAGUACUCAGCAUACUUUACAACAACAAUUUAAUCAACAAACUGCUGGAGUUCAAAACAUUUCUCAGAUGGCAAUACCAGGGCAAUUACAACAAAAUAUAGGUGCUGUACAAUCAAAUCAACAUGUUAUAAUGCCUAGUACCCCAAUUAUACAGCAAGUAACUCAACAGGUACAUCAGUCGACUGUUCAAAAUUUCACUGCAAUAUCACAAAAAGAAAUGCAAUCUCAACAAAUACAAACGAGUGGUGGUUUAAAUACGCAAACACAAUAUCAAAAUCAAUCCACUGUGCAAUCAAAUAUUAUAAUACAACAACAACAAAUUGCUGUGCAACAAAAUGUAACUCAACAACAUAUGCAAACAGAACAAAAUCAAUUGCAAUCUCAACGACCUGUACAUCAAUAUUUACCACAACAACAUCAACAAUAUGUGAUACUUUCUGGACCUAUACAACAAUUGCAACAGUCCAAUGUAGAUGAAAGAAAUCGUAGGAUUUCUAAUAUUUCCACUACGUCUAAUGUGUCAACAGAAUCUCAAACUAUCGAGGUAGCUAAUAUAUCUGAAGAUAAAAGAUAUUCUACAAUGAUGUCUAAUACACCUAUUCAACAUGUACAACAUGUACAAAUUGGUCCACAAGAUAGUUCUACUCCUAUAGCACAAGGAGUUCAAGAUCCUGGGCAACAUCAAGCAAUGCCUCAAAAUAUCGUACAUGUUUCAGGAAAUAUACCUGUUCAUAUGCCAGUUCCUGUCACAGUGCCAGUUCAUCCUAUUGUUUCUACUGAAUCUGCUCAUAAAGUUGUGCUUAAACCAAAAGAGGUAUCUUCUACACUUCCAGAUUUAGCACAAAAUUUAGCUAAUAUCUUAUCUAAUCCAAAAUCAAAAUCUGCUACACCACAUGGCUUGAGUACUCAUGAACCAAAUAUUAACACAGCUGCUGUUAAUACAAAUGUUAUGGAUUACAACAAACCUGCACUACAAUCAGAACAAUAUUUCCAACCUAUACAACCUGAAAUAAGUCAAUUGCCAAUACAACCACAAACACAGCAAAAUUUUCCAAACCAACCUAUGCAUCAAGUUCAUCAAAACCUACAAAACGUUCAACAACCAUUUCAAAGUCAGCAGUUACCUCAUCAAAGUUCAUCUUUUUUACCACAGGGAGCUCAGUUAAAUGUUCCAUUACAAACUGAUUCUCAAUUACAAAUUCUGCAACAAAAUGUAUCAACUCAUACAAUGUCUUCUCAAACAAAAUGGAUUGGUUCUACAAACCAAAAUAUAUUGCCUCAAAAUCUGGCAAUGCGAAAUGUCCAACCUAUACAAACUCAACCGCAGCUACAACAAAUAGCACCUGUCCAUCCACAAAUGCAGCAAAUACCUCAAGAUCAAGUUCAUGUAGAACCUGCUUCUAUAUCUGAUCAAUCUCAUUUACAUUUAAAACUUCCAGAACAACAGCAAAUAGGAAAAAUAUUAGAUACAGAAGUUCAUGAUAGCUCUAGUGGCUGUGGAAUUAGACGUACGAGCUCUGAUUGUCAGUUAUUAACUUCGGAAAAUGAAAAUUCAAGUCACGAUAUAACUCCAGAACACACACUUGUAGAAUCUGUAGAUCCUACUUUAUUUAUGCAACAACAAAUUAUACAACCACAGCAGCAGCAACAGCAGUAUCAACAUCGUAAACUGAGUCAACAGAAUUCAUUGGAUAAAGUAUCAGAUAUAAGCAGUGUGGGAAGUACUAGUGGAACUGGGCCACAAACAAUAGCAGAUUUACAUCAAAAACUUGUUCAAGUAACUAGUCAACCAUCUGAAUUAUUAAAUGUUGGCACACCACCUAUAAGUUAUCCAGCUACACCUCACAGUCAUCAAGUAAUGGGAGGAUAUGAUGCAUAUAUGCAUUCUUUACAACAAAAGUUGGUUAAUAUUGGUAUGCCAAUAUCAUCCUCACAAAAUAUAGUACAGGGUCCAUUAUCGCCUCAGACUACAAUACAUUCUACGAGUGCUGGUAUUGAUUCAAGUGUUGUGACAAAUCCUGAAGGACCAAUAACAUAUCAAGAUGCUUCUUCUCAGCUUAUAUCUUCACAAUCUCAUGUGGAAGGCUCAUUGGAUAGUCCUAUACCAGGAAGUCAAGGAGGACCUGAAAACAUGAGUCCGAGUAAAGAAAAUAUAAAAGUACGAAUUCAAAGACCAGGAUCUCGCCUUCAGGAAUUGGAACAAGAAUUAGCAAAAAUUCAUCACAGAGGCCCAGUACUUCCAACAACUUCGCCUCAACCGUUAACACCUCCUGUACCUGUUAUUAAUCCUCCGUUGAUACAACCAGCGUUGCAACAAACACAGAAUUUAUUAACAACAGUUCCAUCAGUACCUGUUGCCACUGUUACACCAAAUAUUGUGCAGUCUCGCUCUGAUACGAACACACCCGUACAAACAGAACUACAAGAUUCUGUUUCUGAGAAACCUGUAACACAACCUGUUAGAAAAAUUUCAAGAUUUAUGGUAUCUAAAGUAGCAGGACCUCCAAGCUCUGCUACAUCAAAUAUACAGCAACAAGAAAUUAAACCGUGUCAUCCUGAUGAACAACAAAUAACGGCGGCAGCGUAUAUGGUACAGAAUCGGGAAGGGUCCAUGCCCCCAUUACAAGCAACAUUAACAAGUAAUUCUCUACUUGCAGAGUUACAAUUAGAGAAAGAGGAACGGGUAUCAACUUUAACACCAAGUGAAGAAUAUCAGUUACUUAUAAAAAGGCAAACUAUGGAAUUAGAAAUACUCCAGCGAAGGCAUCGAGAAGAAUUAGAACGCUUUCAACAACAACAACUACAAUUAUUAAUUCAGCAGCAACAACAAGCAAGUGCAUUACACCAUCAACAUCAUCCACUUCUUUAUCACACCGUAGCUACUAAUGCAGCGGCAGGACAAGGAAGAGCACCAGGUGUAGAUGAUCAUUUAACAUUUAGCACAGCCCCACAAACUCCAUUACAAAAAGGCAUCAGCAAUUGUCCAGAUACUGAUGAAACCUUAAGGUUAGCCAUGCAGAAGCUUAAACAAACUCCACUUCAACUUCAACAGCAACAAACAGCAGCCAGCAUACAACAUGCUUAUGUUAUCCCAAUUCCAGUAGUGCCUUCAGAAAGUAUGCAGAAUAUUUCUGCACAACAGAAUAUCAACUAUUCAAGCGAAACCUCUGAUACAUCUGAUUCAGUAAAUAAUCCUGUGAUUAUAAAUUCGAAUCAAUGUCAAUUUACACCAAUAAUACCAGAUGCAACAAACGUUACUUCUUCUGCAAGUGGAGCUUUAGUUGCACCAACACCAAUAUCAGGUUCUAUUGGAAGUGGAGGAUAUGUUCAAUAUCAUGAGGGUCCUUCGUUAGCAAACUUUCAAACAUUCAGUUGCACGUCGCAUGCUGGCUUCUUUUUACCAGCUGGAUAUCGUCUUAUAUAUGCGCCUACUGGAACCCCUCAGUCUCAACCAGCGACCCCUGCCACUCCACAAAUAGGAAGCUCACACGAUGGUACGCCUCCUACAGAACCCCAGCAUUGUUCUGAAAAUAUAACUAUUCUUCCUCAAGCAGAUCAAUAACGCAAUACACAAUUCAAAAUAUUCUAUACUUUCCAGUCAAUUUUUCCACAUAAUACAUUCUUUAUUUAACGUUGAAUAUUACUAUAAAAUUAUGUAUUAUUAUAAUUAUCCUUUAAUAUGAUAUGCUCCAAACAUGAUUAUAUCGGUCAUAUAUGAGGUGCACACAUAUGAAAGCAUAUAUAGAAUGUAUAGAGCAAAUUAAUAAUGCUGUCCCAUUGAAAAAAUUGGUCGGUAUAAAAUCAGUUACUCUAUAUAAAUUUAAGGAACUCAUUAGCUGAUAUUAUACCGACUAGAGUUUAGUUAGGCAGCAAUAAUGAUGCCCUUUGAGCUUGAUGUGUUAUGACAUUUACGUAUAAAUGCAUAGAAGAUAUUCUUGUUACCCGCGCACCAGCAAAACAUUAAUAUUUGGUAUGUGCCUCACGAUUGAAGCAAGAUUGAAAUUAAAUAUUUCAAGGAUAUUUUGAACUGACGUAAUAAGUUUCUGAAUGGUAAUAUGAAAGCUGGGGAUAGAGGCCUCUACAUUGUAUAACUGUGCUUCGAUAUUAAAAGCAAAUCUUCCAUUAUUGGAAUGCUUAAAGGACCUUAAAUGCUCUCAAUCCUUCAAAUGGCACAGUCCAUAUUAGUACAGGCCUCAGCUAGUCUUACGAUCGAAAUGGCAUGUAGCCAUUCUGCUCGAUUAUAUGUAUAACUGUUAAUGUAUACUGAAUGCUUCAGAAAAGGGAAUGAAAAAAAGGAAGAGAGAGAGAGAGAGAGAGAGAGAGAGAGAGAGAGAGAGAGAGAGAGAGAGAGAGAGAGAGAGAGAGAGAGAGAGAGAGAGAGAGAAAGAGAGAGAAAGAGAGAGAAAGAGAGAAAGAGAGAGAAAGAGAGAGAGAGAGAGAGAGAGAGAGAGAGAGAGAGAAAGAGAGAGAGAGAAAGAGAGAAAGUAAGGAAGAGAGAACGUAUGUUUACUUGUGUGUGUGAUGUGUGAAUGUGUCAGAUGGAGGCAACAGAGAAAAAAUAUGAUUAAUAUAGUCACUGUUAUGCUUUAAUGUAUUUCUAGCGAUUUUACCUAUUUCAAUUAAAGAGCAAGUGAUGUGUUACUAGUUAGCAAUCCUAUAUAUCUUAUCUACUUUUGAGUACUAUUACCAUCUUUUGCAAUUAAGUAUAAUUGUGUUUAGUACCUUUUACUUUAUCUAUUAUAUCUUCAAGAAUUUUAUUAAUAGUGAGAUAAAGAUUUCAAAAAGUAUACAAUCAGAAAACUGCAUUUCAGGCAAUUCAGUGACAGAUGAGAUAAAAGAUCAUAUGAAAUUCAUCCAAAUUUGUUCUAUAUUAUAAAGAUAAAAAAUUUUUAUUUUAUGUUUUUUCAUGAUUUCUUGUCUCAAAUGUCUAUAUAAACAUAGUUGCUUAUAAGAUGAAUCGCAAGAUCAUAAGUUUUGUUUGCUAAACUAUGCAUACAACCUGUUAUUUUUAAUAAUUCUUCAUUGCUUUAAUCAACUUCUCAUCAUGCAUUGCUUUGCGAAAAUAUGUGCUUAAUAAAAUUUAUUGCAAAAUUUUAAAAUGAAUAAUAAGCACAUGUGGUAUAUUUGAUACUUCUGCAUGAUGCAGAAUGAUAUUAAAUUUAUAUGUUGUAUAGUUAUAAGAACUUUUUUAAUAAUCAUAUCAAUUGCCUGGGAAUGACAAAAAUGCUAUUGUUACUCUCACUCCUUUCUUUUGUUCUCAUGCACUAUUCCACUUGUUUUUUACUUUCAAUUAAUGGUAAUUUUGUUACCUUAUUCCUUUUGUACGCCAAAAUAUAUGUUUUCUUAAACUAAUUUAAUGGUGAUGGGAUCCCUAAUCAUCUAGUAAUGAAAUUGCUUUAAAUAUGGUCGUUUCUCUGUUAUGCAUUUUACUUGAAAAAUCUUUGGUGACAUGGUUUAACGAGUAUUCAAAGUGAUUUUUAAAUUUAAAAUUUAUUUGUGAUGACUAAGAUCAGGAAACAUAAUUUAUAAUCGUUUCUUUUUUAUUUAUUUAUUUUUUUUUUUCUUUUUUUUUUUUUUUUUUUAAGAUAUCAGGGAAGGUAUAACAUUCAAAAUAUAAUUCAAUAUAUUUGAUAUGAUACAAUACAUUUCUGUAUAAAAUCAUAAGUUUAUAAGACUUUUUAUAAAACAUUUUUUUGCCAUUUUACCAAAGACGCCUAUCAUGAAUAUUAGGCAGUAUAUUGUAUAAUGAUUUUGAAUUCACAGUAACUACACUAGUCAACAAGGUUUUUUUAAUUUGAUUCAAGUAAUAAUGUCACGUUCUAGCGAAUUCAUUUUAAGAAUUUUUAUUUAACAGAUUGAGAAUUAAAGUUGCUUUCAAUUUUAAUUUGGAAUGCAACUACUUGUGGAAGCAGCUGUUAUAUAUUUUUUUUUAUUCAAUAGAUAUUGUUAUAUAACUAAUACAUUUUGGUAUGAAAAGUGUGAAUGUAAUCAUAUUAUAUGGAGUGUGUGCCAAAGUGUCAUUUUAAAAAGAAAAUAUUAACUUCGUAUUAAUUAUAUCGACAAUUAAUUAGUAUAGUUGAAUAUUCAUUCACUUUAACCUUAAUUUUUUGUGUAUUUUUAUUUAUUUUUAUUUGUUUAAAAAUUUUACUAUUGAUUUUACAGAAUAUUUUAUCAAAAAAUAUAAAUAAUACGUUUAUAUACUCUUUAAUUUUCUAAUAAGAGAAAAACAGCCUACACACGAUUAAAAUAAUUUCUUAUAUUUAUAAAAUCGUAUUUUCAUAUUCAGAAAAUGCGUUAAACUUAUACCUCAGAAAUAAUAAGAAUGGAAAAUAUUGUUGACUAGUGCUUCUUCCUAGUAGAAUAAUAAUAAUGUGGUAUUGGACUUAAUGGAAUUGAGCUUGAUAAAAGAUGGUGUUAGAUAUCACAAAAUAAUUUUCAGAGACUGCCUGCAAAAAUUAAAUCAAGUAAUAGUAAAUAUUUUCCUAUAUUCUGCAAUUUGCAUAUAAUACUAUGUGGAUAAUAAUAAUAUUCUGUACUGAGUUUAGUUUCUCAAAUUUUUUUGAGCUAGACGCAAUAAGACAAAGGAGUGAGACAUUUAUUAAUUAUUAGAAGAUAAUUUUUAAAUGUGCAUGAAAAUAAUGAAAUUUUAUUCAAUAGAAAUAUAUUAUCUAAUUAUGUUAUAUGCAAUAUGUUAUCUAUUCAAAAAUCUUGAUAAUUUUAUUUAAUACAGAUAAUUUAAAAUAUCGCUUAAUAUCAAUCAUUCAAAAGUUAGUCUAUUUAAUGUUUAUUGUCAAAUUUACAUGUAAAAGUUUCUAUAUGUUAAUAAUCUUUUUCAAUUAUAUAACGCAAAAUUAGAAUUUGGAAAAAUUUUUACCCAUCAAUAAAUAUUUAAGAGAAGAGUUGCGCAUAAGCAGAUACAUGCUAGGUUUAACUUGAUUUCUUCACAUUUCUACAGGAAAUAUAAAUAGUUUUUUUUUAUUUGGAUUGAAUUUUGCUAGCUUCGCUUGUAGUCCUAUACCACAAAACCUGCUUUUGCUUAAAUUAUUGAUUAUUAACUUUAAAGAAAAUAAAGAAUUUAUAUAUAUAAACAGACAUGAUGAUACAUCAAAGUGUUAUUGGAGAAGUCUUAUGUAUCAUUCACACGUGUCAUCUACAUUUUACACAUGACACUUAUUGCUUUUUUCUUACUUAUUUUAAGCUUACUCUGAAGUAAACAAGUUUUUAAGGAAAAUAAAACUAUAUAAAUUUUUUGUGCUAACUAGUAUAUGAAUUCUUUCUAGUAUAUGAAUUUAAGAAACAAUUCUAGAAUUAUGUUUCUCAGAAUUUCAAGAAUAGAAACAUAAAGACUGAUUAGGUAAAACAAGGAUCAGUAAGCAGAUGAGUAAAAAAAAGAAAACAUGAGAAAUCAGUGUUGGAAAUAUUUUCAUUUCUGCUAGUUCUUUAUUUUAUUGAUACACACACAUGUGUAUAUGUAUUGGAUUGUAAUAAUAUUACACAAGAUUAGAGUAAACAUUUCAAAACAUGAUAAACUAGUAAUUAAUAAUCUCUUGGUGUAAGAAAUACUGAUUCUCUUCCGUGAAAAACAGGCGGAUCAACUUCCGUUUAUAUUAUAAUUUACGGUAUUAGCGUAAUGCAUUGUAGAUCUGCAAGAAAGUAAUGAACAUAUUCAUUAAUCCAUGAAUGAAGAUUAUUUUUAUGUUUAGAUUGCAUAAUUCUUAGAAAUAUAAAAACUAAACUGAUGAAUGUGAAUAUUGAAUUACAUAUGAUU